CCACCAGCACCAGCACCACCACCAGCACCACCACCAACACCACCCACACAAGCACCAACACCAUCGCCAGCUCCACCACCAGCAGCACCAGCACUAUCAGCCCCAGUACCAGCACCACCAGCACCAACAUCCCCAGCAGCAGCACCACCCACACCACCACCAGUAUGACAACCAUCACCAACACAAGCACCAGCACCACCAGCACCACCACCACCAGGACCACCACCACCAGUAGCACCCACACCAGCACCACCAACCCCAGCACCAGCACCAGCACCUCCACCAACACCACCACCACCAGCAACAACACCACCAGCACCACCAGCACCACCACCGCCAGCACCAGCACCGCCAGCAACACCACCACCAGCACCACCACCACCAGUAGCACCUAGUUCAGCACCACCAGCACCAGCACCAUCACCAUCUCCACCAGCACCAGCACCAGCACCUGCACCAGCACCACCACCAUCACCAGCACCACCACCAUCAGCAGCUCCACCAUAAGCACCACCAUCCCCACCAGCACCAGCACCAUCAGCAGCACCCACUCCAGCAGCACCACCAUCAGCAGCACCACCAUCACCAGCACCAGAACCAACACCGCCAGCACCACCACGACCUGCACCAGCAGCACAAGCAGCAACACUAGCGCCACUACCACCAGCAUCCCCAGCACGACUACCAGCACUAUGA